UAGAAAUUAAGGUUUUAAACGUAAAAUUAAACAAAUUGAGGCGCAUAUAUUAAAGUAUCUUGCAAGUAAUCGGAUUAAGAAGUUGAAGAAGAAGAAACUUUUUAUAAGUAAAAAGCAAUGAUAUAAUCAGCAAGGAAAAAUUAUAAAAUUAUAAAAGGAUGGAGUUUUAUGCGAAUGGAAUUUCUAAUGAUAUCGGGUAUAUGGGAAAUCCUAAUCUAGCGACAAACACUUAUAGUAGUUUACAGCAAAGCAGUAUUGAAUCGCCAAUUUCUUUCAAUAAGAAAGCACAGGUGUCUGAAUUUAUUCCUCCUUCUCGGCUUAACUCAACAUCGUCACCUAGUUUCUACAAUACUACUUACAAUAACACAUCAAUUGUUAAUGGACAAAAUGCUACCCCGACUAAGAACUACGCAUCAACUUCCUACUCAAUAACCCCUAUUAAAAACAACUCAAAUCAUCGAAAUUACUUGCGUGAUUCCCCACAGAAAAUUGCACCUCAAGACGGAUCGCCACCGACAAUUUAUUCAGCUACUAAUAUCCAUCAGGAAAAUGUCGGAGGCACAACGUAUUUUUAUCCACAAGAGCAACCAACUUCAUAUCAAAAUGAAGAGACAUUGCCACUUCCAUAUUCAAUGACAUCAAUGACUGACGGUUAUAUGUACACUCCAUCGCCAAUUUCUUCCACAACAACUAAUUCACAUGUACAACAAACAACAAAGUCCUUCCUAUCAACAACAUACUUUAUGUCAGAAGAUUUACGCAACAGUUUACUAUUAAAAAAUGAAAUUGCAAAUAGCGUAGAGGACUCUUCCAACUUACCAAUAGAAGUUGAUAAUUAUCAUUCAUUAUCUUUAUUGGAGGCUUCUUCAAAUUUACCAGUACCUUCUUCUACAUAUAAGGCAAUACAUAGUUCAACAGGAAUUAAAUAUUGUUUAAGGAGAUUACAUAGCUUCAGGAUUCAGUCUGUGAAAUUAAUGAUGCAAGUUAUAGAUAUAUGGAAAAAAUUCUCGCAUCCAAAUUGCGUUGCUCUUCGUGAAGUAUUCACAACAAAAGCCUUUGGCGAUAAUUCACUAAUCUUAGUUUAUGACUAUCAUGCCGGAUCGCAGACGCUAUUAUCGAAAUACUUUACGCCAACGAGUAAUGGCUACACACCGUCAGUUGGAUCGGCAUUUUCAGGUGAUGCAAGACCAUUUAGUCAUAAGAAUACGUUGCAACGAACUGCAAAUGGACCGAUACUUCAGGAAAGUGAAAUUUGGAACAUUAUUAUUCAACUUACUUGUGGAUUAAGAGCAAUUCAUCAAGCCAAUCUAGCAUGCAGAACAUUAGAUCCAACAAAAAUUAUAACAGACGACAAACGACUUCGAUUUAGUUUUGUAGGAAUAACGGAUAUAAUAACUUUCGAUUCAAAUCAACAGAACCCAUUUCAACUAGUUAAUCAUUAUCAACAAGAUGACUUAACGGCACUUGGAAAGCUGAUUAUCGCUUUGUGUUGCAGAUGCUUGCAAUCGGUUCAUAGCAAUCAAAUACAACACAGCAUAGAUCUCAUCUCAAGACAUUAUUCAUCCGAUUUAAAAAAUUUAAUAACAUACUUAUUAUCUCCUAAUAAAGUGAAAUCAAUUGUAGAGGUGAUGCCUAAAAUCGGCGCACGAUUCUACACGCAUCUUGAGCUUCUGGAAAAUCACUGUGACAUGCAGGAGAAUGAACUGCUGAAAGAGAUGGAGAAUGGACGAUUGUAUAGGUUGCUGGUUAAGUUAGGAACAAUUAACGAAAGAGACUUACACAUGGAUGUAACAUGGUCUGAAACAGGCAAUCGAUAUAUGCUCAAACUAUUUCGUGACUAUUUGUUCCACACAGUCACGGAAGAUGGUAAUCCAUGGCUUGAUAUGUCACAUAUCGUUUCCACACUUAAUAAGUUAGAUGCUGGUACUAUGGAAAAAGUACAAUUAAUGAGUAGAGAUGAGCAAUCAGUUUUAGUCGUUACUUAUGCCGAAUUGAAGCAUUGUUUGGAUCAAGCAUUUAAUGAGCUGACAUCUUUUAACGUGUAGGAUAUAAAAGAGAAUAACUUAUACAAAAUAAGGGAUUGUCCAUGAUGAAACUACUUCUAGAACAUAAGUUCUUUUAAGGAAAAAAAACUAUUUUUUAUUUCUCAGCAGAUCUCUGUCUCAUUCAUUAAACUCAAGGUAGUGCAUUGAUACUAUUAAAAGUUACAAAUGAAAAAUGAAAAAACUUACACACAUGCAUGUAGUUUUGAGCUUAUUCAAAGUUCAGGAC